CGCGUCAGCAAGCAGCGGCGCCACCCAGCCUUGCUGGGCUGGACUCGGCUUGGGGGUGGGGGUCAGUAGGGUCGUGCUGAGGGCGGCCAGGGACAAAGGGCGCUUGUCUGAGGUCCGCCCUGACCCGGGUAGCUGCUUCCCGGACGCCGGGAGUACGCUGAUUCACGCGGACAGCGCCCCCCGCCCCCGGCCGCGCCGCCCCAGGGGGUAGGAAGUGGGGGGGGGACGCGGGGCGGCGGCGAGUCAACUUUCCCUCUUAAGCCCCGAAGGAAUGUCGGCGGAUUUCCUGAAAUCCGACCCCGGCAGCCCGCCGGCCGCCCGCCCCUCACCUGGACCAGCUCCUCAGGGAACGCCAGGAGGGGCGCCCGGGCUCACCUGGGAGGCCGAGGUCAAGUCCUCUUCCGCUUUCCCCCAGCGGCCUCAAAGAGCGGAAAAGCGGGGGAGGCUGGAACCAACAAACUCUACUUUCAGCCCUGAGGCGCUUCAGACUGCGACCCAACCUCCCCAUGCCUCAGUUUCUCUUUUUACAAAAAAGUACGGAGUGUUCUUUUGCAUAAGUCUCCACGACACCCGUCCCCAACAAGGUCUCGUGUACCCCAAACUGGCCUCAAACUUUUGGCCAUUCUCCUGCCUCAGCCUUUCUUGUUGUGAUUGUCAGACCCGGCUUCUCUUAAGCCCCCACCCUCCACACUUUGGCAGCCUCUCCUGUAUCCUGUCAUGGAGACCCAUCCCCGGUGCCAUUCCAAGUUCCAAUGACCUAAUUUGGAAGGGGAACAGCCCUACCCUAUAGGAUUUUUGCAAAAAAAAAAAAAAAAUAGUCGUGGCAAGAAAAUCUUUGUUGAAAAGGGUGUUUGUUUGAAAUGAAUGAAGGGCCAUAAUUGCGGAAGGGUUAAGUGCCCGCGACUCUGCAAAUGACAAGUGUGAACUUGAAUUCAGGCUCUGCCCAGGCAUUCGGAUGCCAGGUUUCCCACCUGUAAAUUGGGGAAACAGGCUUUGUGUUUGGUUUUUUGAGCCAGGGUCUCUCUCUGUGGGCCAGGCUGACUUAGAAUUCAUAGUAAUCCGGGUUGGCCUUGACCUCCCGGCGAUCCUCCUGCCUCAGCCUUUUCGCGUGCUGGGAUGAUGGACAUGUGCCAAGGCAUACGACUUGGGGAGCCAGUUGGGGUCCCAGCGCGCAGGGACUGCCCGGGGUACGCUGAUGGGAGGGAGGCCCAGCCUGGGAGGGGCGGGGGAGAGGCCGCACCGGGAUCCAGAUGUUCAGGUCCGCCAGGCACAGCCGCGCCUGAUUAAGCCACGUGGGGGCCGGCUGGGGCCGCCGAGAUGAAAGCGAGCGGCAGGCGGGAAACGGGGCGCGCCAGCCCCUCCUCCCGGCCGGAACCUGCGGCUCCCAGUGACCCGACGACCCUGCGAGCGGCCUCCUCGUCUGCUGGGGCGGAGCGACGCGGCUGGAGGGCCGCUGGCACCUGUGCUGCGCAGGCCAGUGAGGCUCAGAGCACCCCCCUGGGCUCCUGAAGAGAGAAGGCUGGGAGACCUCGGAACCCAAGAAGGAAGCCACAGUGUUCCUGCUUGCCUCAAGUUUUCCCAUCAGAUUGGAAAAGUGAGCGGCCCAGAGGCCUUGCUCCCUAGGGUGGUAGGGUUCCCUCAGGUCUGUUUCUGCGCUGGAAUGGAGGGAGGCCACCCUAGUAUUGCUCCCUGAAGGUACCCGAGAACUUCCUGAAGAAGGCAGAUGCCAGGAAAGUAUCUCCCAAGAGUCUUAAUCUGACUGCUUCUAGGACUUAUGACUGGUGUUCGUCUGGGUUCCGUGUCCUCUAAUGCUUCAAAUCCACUCUGGUUCCAGCCCUGUGAUCCUCCUGUCCUCCCUUCUCACUUCCUUUCCCUCCAUUCCAAAGUCUUUGUUCUACCCUUUCUCAUCCUGGUCCUCACCACCUCAUGCUCCCCUUCCUCCCUCACUAUCUUCCCUCUCCCCUUCUCCGUCUUUCAGUCUUAAGUCCCCUUCUCAUCCUUUCUUUCCCUCUUCCUAGGCCUCCAUCCUUUUCAUCUUCCUGGUCCCCUUCCAUCUCCCUUCACCUCCUUCUCCUUGUUCCCCCUCAACUUUUUUUUUCAAUUCCUCGGUUAAGGAUCCUAUCUGUUUCCUGUUCUUGAUUGUUCUUGGUCUCCAUUCUUGGGUGGGUGACCUGAGUGUCACCCUAUCUGGCCAGGCUCUCCUUGGUAUACCCUGGUCAGCAGGUCCAAGUCCGUGCAGAGAUGCCCGGCCAUGAGUAUCAAGGUGUCCCAGGCCAGGGUGGGAUUCACCUGCCCGCUCCGCUCUCCGCAGCCCCCCCCUUCCCAGGCUGCCUCGCUCAGUGACGUCAACACCCAGUCCCGCAUCUCGACGCCCGCACUCGAGGCCCAAGCUGCGCACGCACGCUCGGCCAUGGCUGCGGUAGCGUUGCCACUGCUGCUGCUGCUGCUGUUGUCGCCGGCCGCCUCAGCGCCAGCGCGGGACCCCUUCGCCCCGCAGCUCGGUGACACGCAGAGGUGCCAGCAGCGUUGUCACCAGCGCCACCCUGACCAGCCACCCGUUCAGCCUGAGCAAGAGAGCCCCUCAGAGUCCCCGAAUAACAAGGCCGUCCUUGUCAGUGCUUGUGAGCGUGGCUGUCGACUUUUCUCCAUCUGCCGCUUCGUGGCCAGGAGCUCCAGGACCAACGCCACAGAGACAGAAUGCAAAGCCGCCUGCACUGAGGCUUACGUGAAGGCAGCAGAGCAACGGGCCUGCAGUGAGGGAUGCUGGGGCCAGACCCCUGAACCUGAGACCCGUCUGGAGCUGAAGAAAACAGCUUUGGAACCACCCAGCGGAUCUCUGUCCCUGCUGGAAUUGUUUUCCACACUCUGCAGUGGCCUCAUGAGUUCUGCCCAGGGCCUCGUGUCCUCUACCUGGACAUACUCCCUUCAGACAGACAACCGGAAGGUGGUGGUGUUCCAGACUCAACCUGUGGUAGAGAGCUUUGCAUCGCAAGGGAGCCGUCUUAAGCGAGUGGAGGUGACCUGGAAGGGGUCCCGCCUCGAGGCCCUGGAGGGGCACAUGGACCCUUUAGGCCCCUUGGACAAAGUGAGGAGGACUAAGACCCGGGUGAAGACCAGCAAGGCCAAGCUGGAGACUGAGGACCAACAAGAGAAUGACUUCCUCAGCUGCAUGUCCCGGCGCUCGGGGCUGCCUCGGUGGGUAUUGUUCUGCUGCAUCUUCCUCUCCAUCCUGGUCUUGCUGUGGCUGAGUUGCUGUACCCUGGUCACCACACCUGGCCAGUCCCUCAAACUCCAACCUCUUGUGGCGGAGCAGCAUAAGGGUCUCCUGAUGGAGUCAGACUGGCCUCUGUACCUGCCCCCACCACCUGCCUAUGAGGACAGCCCCCCACCCUACAAGUUGAAGCUAGAUUUGACCACGCUGUAAUCCUCGGCCUCUUGCCAAGUGCAGGGGGCCUCUCCACAGUCAUUUCUCUCUGCACCCUGAAGUCCAAGGUCAGGGUGGGGAACCAACCUUGGGCCUCAUCUAUUCCUCAGUCCUAUUUCCCUCUCUUCCAGCAAACCUGUAAGUCCCCUUGAGAUAGAGUGGCCUCCCCACCCCACUGUCUUGCUUCCUCUGGGGCUAGCUUCUGGCUUUUCUCACAUUCUCUGGCUCUGAGUCUGGUCUGUGUUGCCUUUUUUUUUUCUUUCUCUGUGUCCUCACUUGGGGGCUGAGGUCUCUGGUUCCCCUCUGCUAAGGCUUUUUCCCUUCGUUAUCUCUGGUGACCUAGUCCCCCACAAGGGAGCAGUGGAGACUCUCUGCUGGGAGGGGAUGAGAAGGAGUAAACCUUUAAAUAAAGUGAAUAAAAGAGGGCUGGAGAGAUGGCUCAGAGGUUAA